GCAGGCAGACACUUGCUUUUUUGUACGAAGGGGGGGAACAAUCCCGCCUGUCUUUUCCCCAAAUGAGCCUGUGGGAGAGCCAUCGAGGAGGAAGCCCGGCACAUUGGUCUCACGACAUGCGCGGCCCCCGGUUAUAAGUCCUGCGAGCGCUCGGACCUUUGGCUACCUGGCCGCCCGCUCGGCAGACUGCGCUUUUGCUCCCUCCCUCCUACUUUCCUGCUCCCGGAGCGCUCCGACGGGGCACACAGAGGAUUCUCCCCUCUCCUUUUUUUUUUUCCCUCCACCCAAAUCCCAUCAAAUUCUCACUUUGCCCAGAAGCCAGAAACCGACUGAAGUCCAACAGGGCACCUGCGCUUCCAUUCAUUUUCAUUCUUUUUUUCCUUCUUCUUCACGGGACCGGCGGAAGGUGCCAUCACUCCUCUUUCUUGGAGGGGGGGGGGGCUCCAUUGAACAUCUGAUGCCACCCCAUCCCAUAGGAGACGCACGUGGCUGAAGGAGGGAGGUGGAAUAGAAGACCCCGCUGAAGAUCGCACCUACGCCGGCCGGCGCCGCCCUCCCGCCGCCCGGACGCUCCGAGUUCUUUGUGUAACGUCGGAUGCCUGGCAUGCAGUCCACCAUGCUGUCGGCCCGUAUUUGUGUGCUCCUCAUGCUUGGGGGGCAUGUCCUUGCCGGAGGCUACGCCCCCAUGCCUCACAUGAAGUACAUGCAACCCAUGAUGAAAGGACCUGUCGGCCCGCCUUUCAGAGAGGGCAAGGGACAUUAUGUUGACAGGCCACCCAUGGUAGAUGUGAAAGGGGAGCCAGGGCCCCAAGGCAAACCCGGACCAAGAGGACCCCCUGGUCCUCCAGGAAUCCCAGGAAAACCUGGACUUGGAAACCCCGGCCUCAAUGGGCAGCCGGGUCCUCAAGGGCCUCCCGGCUUUCCAGGGAUUGGUAAACCAGGACUCCCCGGACUACCAGGAAAGAUCGGACCAAAGGGGAUGCCGGGACUUACUGGUGAGGUUGGACCUCGUGGUGAACCGGGUCUCAGGGGUCAACCGGGGCAGCCGGGACUGCCAGGACCAGCUGGCCUUUCUUUGAAUGGGAAACCUGGGCUUCCGGGGGUUAGGGGCCCGCCUGGUAGUCGGGGAGAACCAGGAUUAAAAGGCAUUUCUGGCCCUCCAGGUGAGCGCGGGGUUAAGGGUGAGAAUGGAAAUGGCACACCAGGACCCCCUGGCGUUAGGGGUCCCCCGGGGUUAAAAGGCAGCGCAGGGGCACCUGGUCUUCCAGGCAUUGGCAAACCUGGACCAAAGGGUUUGCCUGGACUGACGGGUACUAAAGGUGAUCAGGGACCUCGGGGAGAUCAAGGGGAACCAGGAGAGGCUGGGCUUCCUGGUCUUCAAGGUCAACCAGGUCCUAUUGGCAUUGGGAAGCCUGGAAUUGAUGGAGCGCCGGGAGCACCAGGUCAUGUAGGCCAAAAAGGCGAGCAAGGGCUGAGGGGUUCCCCAGGAUUUCCAGGUACUCCAGGCUAUGGAAAACCUGGCCUAAGUGGGCCAAAAGGAGAAAAGGGCCACACCGGUUUAACUGGUCAACCCGGAGAAAAAGGAGAGCAAGGUAUGGUGGGCCCGAUCGGUGGACCGGGUCUUGAUGGAAAACCAGGACCCCCGGGACUUCACGGCCCCAUGGGACUCCCGGGAAAGCAUGGCAUGCCAGGACUCAAAGGAGAACUCGGGCCGCAAGGACCUCCGGGGCUGCCUGGCCUCAGAGGUGACCAAGGUCCAAGUGGAAACACAGGAAAACCAGGUAUACCUGGGGAUAAAGGCCUACCUGGGCCAAACGGAGCAAUUGGAAAACCCGGGCCCAAAGGUGAAUCAGGACAUAUUGGUCUGCCAGGUAAUCCUGGACUGACAGGUCUUCAGGGACCUAAAGGCGAGGCUGGAUUCAUGGGAACACCAGGUCCCAGAGGUCAGUCAGGUAUCCCUGGCCUUCAGGGGCCUAUGGGUCCCAUGGGACCACAGGGGGCACCUGGCUUGAAGGGUGAGUCUGGACCACCGGGGCUCCCGGGACUUGGUAAAGUGGGCGAGAAAGGACCCAUUGGUCCCCAAGGUCCUCCGGGGAAACCAGGGCCCACUGGACUUAGCGGUAACCCUGGCCCACCCGGCCCCCCAGGUCCCCCGGGUCUUCCGGGAAACGGCCAGACGGUUGUGGCAGGUGCGACAGAUUCCCAGCUGGAAGGGGGUGAAGUGCCAGGAGAUCGGAAGGGGCCGGCUUAUAGUCAAGUUCCACUCUCUGCCUCGUUAGCACCGGCCUUCACAGCCAUCCUCUCCAAGCCGUUUCCUCCUUCUGGUAUGCCAAUCAUAUUUGACAGGACUCUGUACAACGGGCAAAAUGCCUACAAUCCCUCCACUGGCAUCUUCACUGCUCCCCUAUCGGGCGUCUACUACUUUGCGUACCACGUGCACGUGAAGGGAACCAGCUUGUGGGUGGCUUUGUACAAGAACAAUGUACCGGCUACUUACACCUACGACGAAUACAAGAAAGGCUACAUGGACCAGGCGUCCGGCAGUGCCGUGCUCGAGCUGAAAGAAGGCGACCAGGUCUGGGUUCAGAUGCCCUCGGAUCAGGCAAACGGUCUGUAUUCCACCGAGUACAUACACUCCUCAUUCUCGGGAUUCCUGCUCUGCCCCACAUAACCUUGCACCCUGACUCCAAUCGGUUCCUUUUAUGAGCUCCUCGGAGCAGACCGAAACCUAAAAUACUUGCAGCCAUACCGAUUUCCAAAACAAUAACAUUAUCAGUUCAGUUAGUCGUUUUUCUCGUUUUGGUUUGUUUUACAGACAAGGAAAAAAAAAAGAAGUAUAAAUCACAAGGCAGAGGAAGGAAUUUUAUUCAGAGUUGUUUUGUUUUGUUGUCAUUCCAAUGUGUUUUGGAGUUGUAUUUUUCUGUUAAUUAUUGUUUUGUUUUUUUAGGAUUUUUUCUCUUUGUUGUGUUUGAGUCAGACUGUUGGGUGCCUUAAUUGGUAAUGUGCAAGCAGACCGUUCUGUGCCAGUGCACAGUUUGGCCACGUGCCGACAUCAUCAGGACCGAUACCAGAUGACGUUUUAGACAAUCCUGGCCAGAUUAGCAUCAAUCCGACAUACAGCUCAAGACAAACAAUUGUAAAUAUUAAAGCUACCCCACGUCAUCACUUCAGUCCCGUUUUCUCAUGAAAAUCACAGAAUGAUUUUAAGAGUUCCGAAGUCGUUGGUUGCUAUCUUUCUCACUUUUGGAGCUGACCUUUUUUUUUUCUUUCUUUCUUAUGACUAUUUAUUUUAUUGAAGCAUCCCAAACAAAGCAAUCUAGAUGUAUAGCUAACAGAAAUAGGACUUCAUAUACCAAGGCUAUAUUAACUGACGAUGACGUGAUGCAUAAUGUUUACAUCAUUCUUCAUUCGGUGCCAGAGAAAGAAAAGCUGCGGAAUUUAUAGAUUUGAGUAAAGGGGUUUUAUCGUCCCCAAGCCGCCGCUUCCCAAAUCGGGAGUUUAGCAACACGCGGUGACGAGGACAAGAUGUUUUCGAACAAACAGUAGCGUGAGACGGAAAUGCAAAAUCGCUUAUUGCCUCUGUGAAUAAGUAAAGGAAGUGACUGAGAGGCCCGCAGGUUGUUAAACACAAGUUGUGUAACCUUUAACAAACCCCUGGCAGAUUUCUUCGUCCUCGUUUCCGGCGAUCGAAGCCUUUGAACUCCACGUUGUGUGUGCGUGUCCAACCUGCCUGCCUCAGAGUGUGUCUAUGGAUUUACUGUAUGUGGGCGUCUGCGUGUCACUUUGUCCCACUGGCAUUCAGGUCAUGAACGCUUUGGCAAAGGUAAUAAAUAAACUGGAGUAAAGUUACAAAAUCUUGAUCAAACUCGCAGCUCUCUGUCAAUGUUCCAUCGGAACACUGACUUGUUUGUCCUCUCGCUUAGAAUGAAAGUCCCAUGCAGAUUAAUGGUGCAAAGGGAACAGAAGCGCAAAUAAAAGGCCACCGAGAACUCAACUGACAUGCCAAGAUAAAGAUAAAGUUGUUUUCAAAACCACGAUAACACUGAAUAUGAUGUCAAAAUGACUUGUGUGCAAUACCCAAACACCCAUUUGAGUAGUGUCGUGCAGAAGAACAACGUGGGAAAUGAUCCAAGGCAAGGAAGGAGCGCUACAAGAAUGUUGCAGUACAAUUACACAGCCCAAAAAUGAUCAGUGCGCUGAAUUAAGGCUACCUUGAGACAAGAAUGUCAAAACAGCGGUGCCUUGAGAUACGAGUGAGACGGCUUGGGAAGUUUGGGAGAUUUUCGAUGAUUUGCUUUGACUUGCCAAGGCAACGUUUGGCAGAUAAUGAACAACUCUUCACAAAAGCUUCAAGCUGCUUCAUUCCACUCCCGGUUGAAGUUUACUGUCAUAAUCAAGAUCAAAAUAAGACAAAAGCAUUUGCCUUAGGAAUGUUCCUGCUAGCUUGAUGCAUCAUGGAAAACACCUUAGACGGCCUUAACGAAUAGCAGCCAUGGGCGCAGCGUUUUAACCAUUUUUAACACAAAGAGUGGAGCAACGCGCGUAGACAGACAUUUUGUCCAAAAAAAUACCCAAAGGCGUAUAUGUGGAACGGAUUAUUUGCACUUCCAUUCAUUUCAAUGGGAAAAGAUGAUUGGUCACGGAACAAACUAAACUCUGAUCCCAAGGCACUACUGUAUACUGAAGCCAAAAAUUGAGCUUUGCGGCCACAACUAAUAUAUACUCCCACUGACUGACAACAGAAAUUUAGGAUAAGACCGAAUCAGUAUUUUACGAUUGCGUCAUGGGGAAAAAAAAUGCACUUGGAGCUGUCCACUUUGUCUGCAUAACACAAACGGUCGUUGUUGUAACGUGAGUCUACAAGGCAGUUCAAGGCUCGUUAUGUACUGUAUGUUGGCUUAUUUUGGUAGCCGUCUAUUUUUGGACAUAUGAAAUGGUGAUGUGAAUUACAUGUGGUUAUUAUACUCUGUCCUUGUGUUUUAUAGACAAUGUCACUUGCUUGCAGAGUUUGCCCUGAGUGCAAAUAAUUUGGACAAGUGUCAGUAAGCGCCAUUUUAUCACACAUUGCUUUAAAAUGUUUUGCAUUAUAUGUAAAAAAAAAAAACAACAAAAAAAGUGCUUCGGUUUUUGAAGGGAUCUUUGUGUUAGUUGCCUCUCAUAAGUAUACGGCCAUUCCCAUUUGCACAUGAAAUUAAUGAAGAUAUUUAUACAUUUAUGAUAAUUUAAUAGGGAUGCCAAAACCGACCACCGAAGCCAAGAACGUACAAAUGGUAUUUAACAGCAUUGAUGAGUCAAUAGCAUUUUCGUCAUUUAGUUAGCAACCUAGUGUUAUGUUUGUCGAAGAUUAUUUGUGGAGAUUUUAUUUGUGUAAUGUACGAUGUAUCUACUUAUCAGAAUUGUUUUUUCCCCCCACACAAGGCUAUUGCGUUACUUUUUGCGCAAUAAAAUGUGAGUAUAAAAUGCACUCGUUUUGAUUUGUAAUUGUUUUUUUCCCCCUGCUUAUCAAAAAUCUACAAGUACUUGAUUGUAUUGAUACUAUAUCAAUAAAGGCCUUCUAUGUGUCAAACUUCA